AUGCAAUGGAAACACGCGCUUAGCAGCAAGGGAGGUGGCGACCGAAGACUCCUCACGCGUACCACCCAGUUUCCUCCUCCCGAUUCUUUCCGUUUCCACUUCCAGUCCGGAGGCGGAUACGGCUAUGUAGAUGUGGCCGCGCCCGCCCACAUCGUUGCCGCAGACGGCGAACCGGUCAACGACUCAAACAGCCCUAACAGAGCACUGCUCUUGUUUAUGCGGCCCCUAGAGCCCAAGACUCAACCCUAUUCCGUCGAGGACUCGUGGAAGCAACAGUCGUCUGUGGUUAGCGCCAUCGGAGGCGUAGACGUGGACGACGACAUACCCAUCUAUGAUGAUGACCCGCCAGAAGAGGUAAAACUCCUUGGAAAGGGCGGGGGUGGGGGCGGGGACCUGGACAACUCGCGCGAGCUCUCCAUGGUAGUGGAACUAAGGAAGACAGGAGAGUUGAAGGACGCAAUUGAUGUGCUUUCUGAGGAGAGAGAAAUACGACGGUAA